UAUCGAAAUUUGAAAAUCAUUCCUGAACAAAUAAUAAAUCGAAUUAUAAACUUAUGUCGCCAGACUAUAUCCACACCUAACACAAAUUAUCAUAUGAUAUGAGAUUAUUCUCGAUUAAAAUUGGGACUUUUAAAUGCGCUUAUCAGCGCAUUCGCAUAAGCUUUCAUACGAAUUCAGAUGCUUCCCAAGUAUGGUGAUAGUCGACAAUUUUAUACCUAAAUUAUAUCCACUUGUUACAGACCAAGAGAAUUUUGACCCAACAGAAGAUCUUGUGACAGACUGGAGAUUGAUUGGACAAGAACAAAAUGGAGAUCUAUUGUUCAGUUGGACUCAUAAAUCCGAUAAAAAUAGCGACCAUACUCGGAUUGGAUGCUAUAACUUGACGAAAAAUCAUUUAGACGUAGUUCAUACAUUUUCGCAAAUAACAAACUGUAUUCAAGCUUCAAUUGACGACACCAAAACCUACCUAACGUUCGUUGUGAAGAAUAUCGAAGAUGAUAUAUUCACAUAUAAACCCUAUAUCAUCCAUCUGCAUAGGAAUAUUAUUGUGGAUUUGAAUAUGGAGAGAUCAAAGCAGAUUAUGAUACAAUUUCUCUAUCAGAAAACUUCUUUGCUUUCUGAAAAAACAACAACAAAAUUUUUGAUUUUGGUUCAUCAAGAAUGUAUACUUCAGUACCAAAUAAAAUCCCAAUCUACAGAGUUUAACAUGAACAGCUUCAGCUAUGAAUCCAUUGUAAGAAUAUUCACAUGGGCUCAGUGGGAUCCAAUGAACCAAAUUUUGUAUUACAUCCAUAACAAAAAACCUUCCAGAUCCAUAGUGGAAGGUGAUGAAGCUCCACCUUCUAUCAUAAGUUCAAAAUCGUCCCCCACACUGUCUGGUUUGCAAUUCCACGAUGAUUUGCCUCAUGAAAGCGUGUUGAAUAUACCUUUGAAUUUACCACAUGCCAAUACUUUAAACAAUUCUGGAAACUUGUAUGAAGAUGAUGCUGUACCUUUGAGGAUACAUGACUGCACUCUAGAUUUGAUUGUGGUAACAAAUGAAGAUGGAUUUGUGUGUAUAUGCCAUCAUUAUCUGUAUCAACCAAUCCAACCAACUGAUGAUAGUGUUCAAGAUGAUGAAUCCUUGGUUCACUUUGCAUAUUCCGUGACGGUUUUGCAUCAAAGUUGCGUAUUGCAGUGUGUUGUUCCAGGCUUACCUUUCAAAAAAGCAAAAACCAUAAGACCUGUGUUCAAAAGACAUGGAAACCAUAUGCUGGUGUUUAUACCAGAAGUUUGUACUCAGUUGCUGGAUAUAGGCAUCAAACAUGAACCAUGCUGCCAUGUCAGCCUCAAGCCUUUCUUGACUGAAACACCUUCUUUCAUGCUAUGUUUGGCUCCACUAGCUGCUUAUGAUAACUUAGUUAAUAUAGCAACACUAGAUGUGAUCGAUUUUGAAAUAACCAAAGAAUUGCUGGUAGAUGCUUUCAAGAAUGAACAAGGGUUGGAUAACAAAAUUGCAAUAAUUCAUUUCCUAAUGCAGCACCUUGAAGAAGCUGACACAGCCCUGGAGCUAAUCAUGUGGCAUACCCAAAUGGUGUUGAAACUAGAUUGGUCUCAACUUCUGAAAGAAUAUCUUAUAGGCUGCUCAUAUGCUAGUCUCCAAAAAAACCUUCCUCCUGAUGCUAAUCAUCUCUUGAAUUUACUCCCAAUCACAACUCAGCAUAUUGGCAAGGAUUUAGAAGUGAAAAUUGAAGAUAAAACAAUUUGCUUAUCCCAAGAUAUGUUAUGGAAUACAUCAAUGAUGCUUUUGUCUCCACAGCAACGUAUCAUUCCUUAUAGGAGUGACAUGUGGAUCAAACUUUGGGAACAGUUAGCUCUAGUAUUAAAAGGAAAACAGCGCUUCAGACCUGCUCAGGUUGUUGAAAAAUUGAGAGUUUCUCUUGUUUGUUACCAGCCUGAAGCUCUCUCGAGAUCAAGUACCCCUAUGUCUCCAGCUGGGCCAAUUACAUCAUCAAUAUUGAAUGAGCUUUGUGGAAUGCAGGGAACCAGAAAAGGACUUGAGGAAUUGCCAUUUUAUGAAAUUGAAAAUUGCACAGCAAGUCGCCAGGAACAUAUUAUUUCUGUGAAUUUGAGAGAACUGAGUAUGCAUCUACUCAAGCAAAGUUCUGAUAACAAAAUAACCCGCUUCCAAUGGCAAAACCAAAGCCCCAUGCAUGUACAUGCUGUUGCAACAAGAUAUGUUUCUGCACAACUUGAACAAUCAAGACGACUUUGUCAAGCAUUAUGCCAAAAAGCUGUUUCAACUGACCCAAGACACCCGCUUGAGAAGGGUUUUCUUUACAUAGAUCAAAUGAACGAGGAAGAUAGAUUAGUACUAUUCUCCAUACUUGAACGGUACUACUUGGCAAUAGAAUCAAUUGCAUACCCCCAACCACAAGGUUUCACUUCCUUUUUCAGUUUCUUAGGAUACAAAACGUUGUCCUUCGAAAUGUUUUUACAAUAUGUGAAUCGAAAUGUUUUUGAACUUCAGGUUGAUGUCAUGAAGGCAAUAAUGACAGAUAUUCCCAACGACAGUAGAGGGGUUAAUCAAAAACUGAAACUUUUAUCUAUUCUUCCACGUUCAAGAGCCAAAAGGUUAUUGAAUCAGUGGCAACAUCCCAUCAGUCUCAUGUUGAGAGCAAGGGAACAUGCCCUGAACAUAUUAUCAGGGGUAGAAUCAGGUACUGGAAAGGGUAACUUCAGCUCUAAUAAACAUUAUAAGAACUUGAGUCCCACCCCUUCAGAACAAAGACUUCCAGCUUUGGAUACAUUCCUAGAUUUACUAACAGCCAAAGCUAGUUUAACUGACUUGGAUUUCGGUCUACUAAUUGAAGCUACAGAGUCAUCAGUUGAGGAGUUUCAAUGAAAAUGUGGAUAGUUUCAAACUGAAAUUUUAUUUACAUUGUCAAUAUAAUAAAAAAUUUCAGCAGUCAA